GACCGGAGGCGUCAACUUUUCCCCUCAGUGGGCGGGUUCGGGUAGGAACGGGGCGUUGGGUCUGAAACGCCCCCUUCUUCCAGAGCCGGGGAAGUGCCGGGGGCACCGGGCCUGCGGGGUGCGGCCGCCCCUUCGUGGGAUAUGGCCCGCUGUGGGGAGGGUAGUGCGGCCCCCGCAGUGAUUCUGGGGUCCCCUGGAGUUUGCAGCAAGGAGUUGCAAAGAAAGGGGCCCUGUGAGCGGCGCCGGCUGAAGGCGAUGGUGUCGGAGCAGCUCAGCCAGGAUCUGCUCAGGCUUCUAAGGGAAGAAACCCAUACAGAUGUUACUUUCUCUAUAGGUCGUACUUUGUUCAAAGCACACAGAGCCGUCCUUUUAGCAAGGGUUCCUGACUUCUAUUUUCAUGCUUUUGGACAGGUAUCAAAUAGUUUAACAAAUCAUGAGCCUGUUGCUGUAGAGAACUUUGAGGUUUCAGAAUUUAGAACAUUUUUACAGAUUGUAUACUCAUCAAACAGCAACAUAAAAAGCUAUGAAGAGAAGGUCCUUAGGAAAAAGAUAGUGGAGAGUGGAGUACCACAAAACAAAGGUGACUUCACUUUUGGAAAGUAUACUGCCCAUGAUGGAAGAUCAUCUGUAGAGUCCUUAGGUAAAAAAUCAUCUGAUUGUUUGCUUCUGAAGCAUGAAAUUCCAGAGGGUACCAGUGAUGCAGACAACAAUUUAAUUUCCACUGACAAUUAUGACUUGGAUCCUGCAUCUGAAUUAGGAGAAGAUUUAUUGAAACUUUACGUGAAACAUUGUUGCCCAGAUACUGGUAUUUUUGUUGAUGGAAAAAGUUUUAAAGCUCACAGAGCCAUUUUAAGUGCCAGAUCUAGUUACUUUGCUGCAAUGCUGAGUGGCUGUUGGGCUGAAAGCUCCCAAGAGUACAUCACUCUUCAAGGUAUUAACCAUGUAGAAAUGGAUAUUAUGAUGCAUUUUAUAUACGGAGGAACUUUGGACUUUCCAGACAAAGCAAACGUUGGUCAGAUACUCAAUAUGGCCGAUAUGUAUGGACUAGAAGGAUUAAAAGAAGUAGCAAUCUAUGUUUUAAGAAGAGAUUACUGUAAUUUCUUUCAGAAGCCUAUUCCCAGAAGGUUGGCAUCUGUACUAGAAUGUCUGAUUAUUGCUCAUUCAGUUGGAGUGGAAAGUCUUUUUGCUGACUGCAUGAAGUGGAUUGUAAAGCAUUUUUCAAGGUUUUGGUCUGAGAGAAGCUUUGCAAAUAUACCUCCUGAGAUUCAGAAAAGUUGUCUUAAUAUGCUGCUUCAGUCCUUAAAUGAUAAGAAUGCUGCUUUUCUUCUGAUGGAAAGUGACAGGCUGAUCAUCAGUUUACCCAGAGUGAAGUGGACAGAAGUAGCACUGACUAUGGCAUCUCGGCUUCAAGAAGAAUGUAUUGCAUUCAUUAUAAAAAACUUAUCCAGGAUCAUUGAGAGUGAAAAUUUUGCUCUUCUCUUACAGUCACAGGCAAUGAGCAGUACAGCUGAUCUGUUGGACAAAAUCUUAAAAGCAAUUGAAGAAAACAUUACCACUGAGAAUAGUUGCUCUCUUCUUAUGGCUCUGGACGCAUUACUGAGCUCUGACAGUACUAAGGAAAUGGGUUUUACGUGCAAGAUCCAGGCUCUGCGUGAUAAGCUGUGGAUCUUCCUGGUUCAGUCUUUCUAUGCUGUUCGUCACACAGAAAGCUGGAAGCUGAUGAGCACAGAUGAUCAACAGAAAAUCCAAGCAGCUGCAUUCGACAAAGGUGAUGAUCGAAGACUUGGCAAAAAGCCUAUAUUCAGUAGCUCUCAGCAAAGGAGACAAGUUUCUGACUCUGAUGUUAUAAAAAACAAAUUUUGGAAAGGAAAUAACAAGAAAGAGUGUUGGAGUUAUACCUCUACUAAUCAAAAGAUGAAAUCAGAUGGAUUAGGAGCAUCAGGACAUUCAUCAAGUACGAAUAGAACUACUAUAAGUAAAACUUUGAAGCAUGAUGAUGAUCUAAAAGAAAAGGAUGGUACAAAAAUAGCAUCAAAAAUUACAAAAGAAUUAAAAACUGGGGGAAAAAAUGUCUCUGGAAGGCCAAAAGCUAUAAUAAAGCCCCAAACAGAAAACAACGAUAAUGCAAAGUCAGGAAACAUGUCACCUAGACAAGCUGUGGAAAGAACAACAGCAGCAAAUGGACAGAAACACUCAUUAAAUGGGAAAGGAGUGAGAAAUCAGGAAGGGAAAAUUGCAGGAGCCAGACCCAAGGUACUCACUGGGAACCUAAAUGUGAGAGCCGAAGCCAAGCCUGCGAGGAAAGUGACGGGAAAACAGUCUCCUUGCGGCGGCGCUGUGGGACACUCCCGCAGAGCUGCAGAUUCCCGGACGGGAUCAUUCAUGCCCACUGAAUGCCUGGGUGACCCACAGGAGAAUGGAUCAAUAGGAGAGGAGACAUCCUCUGGGCAUAAACUGUCUCUUCGUGAAUCUCCAGGACAGACAAUGAAAAGCAGUAUAGAAAGUAUUAAAACUUCCACUAUAGCAUCAAAAUCUCAACCUGUUUCAAAAGUUACCAAUGGAACUCCUGAUAAAAAAAGCAGCCAUGAACAAGAAACAAGACUUAACCAUGUGCCAAAGAAGGUCACUAGCAAAGGCUAUAGUGAUCCAGUACCACAGGCAAUUUUAAAGAAAAGAGGAAAUGGCAAUGGAUUUGCUACAGUUCAGCAGAGAACAAAGAACACCUCAUCUAAUCUUGCUAAAAUUCAAGGAUCUCAAGGAGAGUCACCAAAUUCAGUAAGAUCUUCAGUCUCUUCAAGGCAGUCUGAUGAAAAUAUGACAAAAUUGGACCACCGUACAACUACAGAUAAACAAACACCUAAGAGAAAAAUUGUCAAGCAAGGAUACACAACUUUGCCUAAGGUUAAUGCAAAAAUUGUGGCAAUUCCUAAAAUCCUAAAUCAAUCUAAGAAAGGUGAGACUUUGAAUAGUAAAGAUUCAAAACAGAAAAUGCUUCCUGGACAGGUUAUAUUGAAGACUCAGCCUUCUCAAAAACCUUUAAAAAGUGAAACAUCUGUUGUCCAAAAAAGUGUGCUUCCUGUUGUACAUGAUAAUAAUAGCAAGGGCAGUAUUUCUGAACAGAAGCCUCACAAACCUCUAAUUAAUCUCACAUCUGAAAUCAGCCAUAUGGGAGUAUUCCAGUCAUCAUGCAAACUUGAUGCACAAGAGCUAAUAGACAAUCAAGAAAAAGAGAAAUUAGUGUUAGAAAGUCAAGAUAUUUCAAAUCUGGAUAAAUCAACAAAACAUGAACUGGAAUCAAAACAAAUUUAUUCAGAUAAAAGUGAAACAAAAUUUUCCAGUGACAAAGACACAAAUCAUUGCAACACAACUAAAAUGCAUUGUCAUUCUAAUGGCAGUGAUAAUGUAGAUCUAAAACUUUAUAGCACUGCUGCCCUAAAAUCCAUGACUUCAAAUCCAAAUGAAAAAUCCUUGAACUCUAAUCCAGUUUGUGAUUUAAAUUCAACAAAUGCAGAACAAAUCCAUUCACUGUCAGAUAGGGAGAAUCAAGCAGGGAGAAAAGAAACAAACAAAAAACUAAGCAUUAAAUAUGUGAAAGAUGUUUUACCUUGUGUUUCUGAAAGGACAAAUGGUACUUUAAAUUCUGUUCAAGAUGACAGAAACUCUAAAAUUCAUGUAGAAGAACAGACAGUUCCUAGUCAGUUGUCUGAUGACUCCGCUAUGAAUGAAGACAAACAUGCUCCAGCUGACUCAGCUGUUUUCUCUAAGUGUAUUUUGGAACAAAUAUCAGGAAAAAAUUAUCCUAAAGACAUGGAGACAGCAGAAACACCAGACAGCCAUGGAAGUCCAGAAACCCCACUCAUGAGCCACUGGAGUUCAAGCACCAGUGUCCAGCCUCCGAGAGAGAGCCCUGCAUCUGACACGGGCAGUGCCACCACUUCCUCUGAUGACAUAAAGCCCCGGUCGGAAGACUAUGACGCCGGGGGGUCUCAGGACGAUGAAGGGUCCACAGACAGAGGCAUCUCUAAAUGCGGCACCAUGUUGUGCCGUGAUUUUCUUGGUCGGAGUAGCAGCGAUACCAGUACUCCUGAGGAAUUAAAAAUAUAUGAUAGUAACUUAAGAAUUGAAGUGAAAAUGAAAAAACAAAGUAGUAAUGAUCUUUUCCAAGUUAAUUCGACAAGUGAUGAUGAGAUUCCUAGGAAAAGGCCAGAAAUUUGGUCUCGAUCUACAGUAGUCCACCCUAGGGAAAAAGAAAAUAUUCCACGAGGUAGUGUCCAGUUUGCUCAGGAAGUAGAUCAAGUUUCCUCCUCAGCAGAUGAAACAGAAGAUGAAAGAUCUGAAGCUGAAAAUUUCUCAACAUCUAACUCAGCUCCUCAACAGUUUCAGGGGAUAAUUAAUUUAGCUUUUGAAGAUGCAACUGAAAAUGAAAGUCAGGAGUUCUGUGCAACUAAAAAUUUUAAAAGGUCAGUUUUACUUUCAGUAGAUGAAUGUGAAGAGCUAGGGUCUGAUGAAGGGGAAGUCCAUACUCCGUUUCAGCCUUCUAUAGAUUCUCUUUCUCCUUGUGAUGUUUUCGAUGUCAUUCCUCAUGAACAUCAUGGAGGGACGCGCUAUUCCAAAUUCUCACAAGGAAGUAAAGGUAGUAUUUUAGAAUGUAAACAAGGUAAAGGCCAUAGUGCAUAUCCAAAUGAAAGCUCUCUCUGGGGUCCUUGUAGCACUGACUCUUCAAGAACAGAUAAACAGAGUGCUUCAGCCACAGAAAAUAAGUACACAAUAGAUGUUCUGUCCAAAGGAGGCAGACACCUUCCAGAAGAUAAAAAAGAAAACAGUGGAAGCGAUGUAGAUAGUGACUUUCAGCAAUGCAGCAAACUCCCAGAUAGUGAUAUAAAAUCUCAAGGAAGGCCAUGUCAUUUGGAGCUUCAUCAGAGAGAACUCAAUUCUGACAUUCCAAAGAACAGCUCGACAAAAUCUCUGGACUCCUGUCGGAGUCAGCUUCUGCCUCAGGAAGGUCAAGGGAGAGAGAACCAUUCUACAGCUACUAAAAAAGCUAAUAUUGCUUUUUCUGCAGGAGACAUAGAUGAUUGUGACACACUGGCACAAAGCUACUGUGACCAUCGGCCUUCAAAAACCCUCUCUCCAAUAUAUGAGAUGGAUGUAACUGAAGCAUUUGAGCAGAAAAUGGAAUCAGAAAUACACGUUACAGACAUGGAUUUUGAAGAUGUUCACUACUUUGCAAAACAAGAUUGGACAUUAUUAAAGCAACUGCUCUCUGAACAGGAUUCAAACUUAAAUAUUACAAAUUCUGUUCCUGAAGACUUAAAUUUAGCACAGUAUCUAAUCAAUCAGACACUACUUUUAGCACGAGACAGCUCAAAACCUCAGGGUAAAGCACAUGUUGACACUUUGAGCAAAUGGAGUGAACUAACCUCUCCACUUGAUGAUUCCUCAGCAAGUAUCACCAUGGCUAGUUUUUCCUCUGAAGAGUGUUCACCCCAAGGGGAAUGGACAAUUCUGGAACUGGAAACUCAGCAUUAAAAGUAUUAACACUUUGGAAAAUUUUGAAUUAUGCCACCACUUUAUUUUUUGAUGCUUCUAUUAUAUCUAAAUGACAGUUGUAUUAACCAGAGAUAGAUUGUCCUUAAUAUUGAGGGAUUCUUUCCACUUUACUGAGGUAAACAUAGUUUAUUUAUUAAUAUGAUAUCACAUAUAGAAAGUGUUUUUCUAAAAUUUUUAAGCAUGUUUUCUUAAUUAUUAGACAAAUUAGAAGACUUAUAAGGAAACCCAUCCUUCAGUUUUCUUUCCUAACUGAUCUGUUAUUACUUGUUUAUCAUUCAAGAAUUUAAAAUGUGAAUGCACAAGUAGAUCAGUACAUUUUUAUUCUGCAUAUGGUAACACAGUAAUUUAACAAUAAAAACUUACUGUGCUUGUGUCAGUUUAUGUAGAGUUUAUCUGUAACACUGAAACUCAGGUUGGUGCGCUUGAGGCUGAUAGCCAAAUAUUAGCAAAAACCUUUACUUUCCUAACAAUCCAGGUCCAGGAUAUUGUGAAGUAAAUGCAUCAAACUUCAAUCACAUUGUAACUAAAGGAAAUCCAGAGAAAGACAUAUGCCCUUGUUUAAAAGAAGUGGGAAAAUUGUCCAUCUGUUCUAUCUGUGUAGUUACAGUUACUAUCAAUUUUCCAUUCCAUAUUAAAGAGAUUUUGGAACUGCA